AUGUCUCUUAAAGAAUCUGCCACUAUUGAUAUUGGUUUCCCUAUUUUAGGAGCCAAAUUUAUCAACAAUAAAACCAUUCUUAUAACUGGAGGAGGUGGAGAAGGUAAUAAUGGUAUACCAAAUAAGAUUACAGCAAUUAAAUGUACGUUUAAAAUUAAAGAUCCGAAAAGAAGAUUACAAAGAUUUAGAGAAAUUACUUUACCAUCAAAUGAAGAUUCUCCUCAAUGUUUAGAUACUGCUAGAAUUUUAGAUGAUGAUGAAGAUAAAUUUUCAGUAUUUGUUGGAUGUAAUCAAUCAUCUCAAUUAAUUAAAUCUAUGAGUAUUAAUAAUAAUUUAAGAAAGUAUGUAUAUACUAAAGAAGAACAUUUAAGAUUUGUAGAUGCUGCUCAAUUAGAAGAAGAAAUUAAUGGAGAUGCUGAUGAUUAUCCAAAAAUUAUUAGAUUAUCUCAAAAUAGUACUAUUGGAGCCUUUAUGACUUCAACUAUUCCAUCUUCAAUUUAUAUAUUUAAUCCUGAAACUUUAGAAUUAAAUCAUAAAUUCAAACCUACCAAAGAUAUUGAAAUCAAAGAUUUUCAAUUGACUCCUGAAGAUGAUGGUAAAACUCUUUGUUAUAUUACUUCAAGUUCAAUUGAAACAAUUUCAACUUUUAAUGGUAAUAUCAUUACUUCAUCAACUACUAAUCAAUCUCUUGAUAAAGAAUUAAAAAAAUAUAUUCUUUCAAAAAUUCAUUUUAUUGAUAAUUCAAAUUUAAUUAUUGCUGCAAGUCUUCGUGGUGGGAAAGGUGCUGUUUUAUUACAAUAUUCUCUUAAUAGUCAAAAGAUUCUUAAACAAAGAGUUAUUUCAAAAGCUUUUAAUAAUAUAGUUGCAUUAGAUAUUUCAGUUAGUCAGGGUUUAAUAGCUAUUGCUGCUAAUGAUUAUUCAUUAACUUUAAUUAAACUUGGAAAUUUCCAACUUAUAAAGUCAUUUAAAAAAUUACAUCCAUUUGCAAUUACUAGUGUUUCAUUUGCUCCAAAUGGUUCAAAAUUAGCUACUGGAAGUGCAGCAAAUAUUCUUCAUAUAUUUAGAAUUCCUCCAAAUUAUAGUAAGGGUAAAUCAACUAUUGGAACUAUUUUCCAAUACUUAUUUACUAUAAUUUUAGUGGCUAUAUUGGGAGUUGUAUUACAACAAGCUCAUGAAUCAGGUAAAUUAGAUGAAUAUAUUGAUCUUGGAAAAGAAUUUACUUUAAAGAGUAAAGAUUUAUCUUCUAAAUAUGGCCAAUUAGGUUAUGAAUAUGGUCAAUUAGGUUAUGAAUAUGCUCAAGUAUAUGGUAAAAUAGGUUAUGAUAAAGCUCAAGAAUAUGGUAAAAUAGGUUAUUCCAAGGCUCAAGAAUAUGGAGAAUCAGGUUAUCAAUUUAUAAAGCAAAAGUUUAAUGGUGAUAAUGCUGAAGGUGAUGAUUCUACUAAACAUUACUUCACUAUGGAUGAAUGGAAAGAAGCUUCAUCAUCAGAAAUCUUUGGUGAUGAUGAUGUCUAUAUUUCUAAUGAACCUAUUCCUGGAACUGAGACAGAGACUACUUCAACAUCUGAUUUUAUCACUCUUGCUUCUGUUUCUGUUGAAACUAAAGAAUCUGAAUAUUCAAAACCUCAAAGUACUACUCAAGAUGAAAUUCAAAUUAAGGAAGUAACAAAAGAUAUUAAAGAAGUGACAUCUGCCAAUCCUAAUCUUGAUACUGAAUCAUUUUUGGGUGAUGAAAGUAAUUAUAUUGAGACUUCAACUGAAACUAGUGCUAGUUCAGCCUCAGUGGAAUCUUCAAUUGCUGAUACUCCGGAAAUUAAACUAGAAACAUCAUCAAGUACAAGUGAGAUAGCUGAAACUACUAGUUCAUUAGUUAUAUCAAAGGAAGAAGUUACUACUGUCUCUGAAAGUAUAAUAGAGUCUUCUGUAGUAAUUGAAGAACCUAAAGUAGAAUCAGUUGAAGAUAAGUUAGAAUCUUCCAUAGAAGUCGAAAGACCAGAAGAAGUAACUCAAGUGAGCGAGCCUGUUGCAUCUGUAUCAGAAGAGAUCAGUUCUGUUAGUUCUGUUUCAAUUGAAACUCCGGUUGUUGAGCCAGUAGCUCAAUCAUCUGCCGAGCCAGUAGCUCAAUCAUCUGCCGAGCCAGUAACUCAAUCAUCUGCCGAGCCAGUAACUCAAUCAUCUGCCGAGCCAGUAACUCAAUCAUCUGCCGAGCCAGUAACUCAAUCAUCUGCCGAGCCAGUAACUCAAUCAUCUGCCGAGCCAGUAACUCAAUCAUCUGCCGAGCCAGUAACCCAACCAUCUACCGAGCCAGUAAUUGAACAACCAGUCGUUGAAGCACCAGUUGUCGAAGCACCAGUUGUCGAAGCACCAGUUGUCGAAGCACCAGUUGUCGAAGCACCAGUUGUCGAAGCACCAGUUGUCGAAGCACCAGUUGUCGAAGCACCAGUUGUCGAAGCACCAGUUGUCGAAGCACCAGUCGUUGAAUCACCAGUUUCUGAGCCGGUUUCUGUUUCCGAACCAGCAGUCGAAUCACCAAUUGAAGCUGUCAUCGAUUCCGCUAAACCAAUCGUCGAAUCAUCUGCUGAACCAGUAGUUGAGCCAGUCAAGGAAUCGGUUGCUCAGCCAAUUGUUGAAUCAUCUGCUGAACCAAUCCAAGCUAAACCUCCUGUUGAGGAACCAAAGAUAGAAGCACCAGUACAAGAACCAAAAAUUAACUCAGCUGUAAGUUCCCAGAUCCAAUAUACAACUACAGAGAGUAGCGAAACUUCAACAGUUAUAGAAUCCAGUGAAACCAAAGCAGUUUCUAGCGAAACCAAAGCAGUUUCCAGCGAAACUAAGGCAGUUUCCAGCGAAACCAAAACAGUUUCCAGCGAAAGUGAAGCUAAGGCAGUUUCCAGCGAAACCUCUGAGAUUUCUUCACAAGACCCUUCAUCUUCAGAACCACAAGCUCCCAUCUCAUCAUCAACUCAAAAGCCUGUUGCUUCUGAAACUACACAAACUCAACCAAUAGAGCAUGAUGAUCCAUUCCAUAAACUAAUAGGAGACGUCUCCGAUCCAUCGGACUGGAAGCAAACUAAACUACCAGUAUUAUCAGAAUUAGAUACGCUAGAGAGAUGUUAUAUAUGUAAGGAAUUCUUUAAGGCUCCAGUAAUUACUAGUUGUAAUCAUACCUUCUGUUCACAAUGUAUACGAGAAUAUUUAAUCACUAAUAAUCUAUGUCCCUUAUGUAAAGUGGAAGUGUUUGAGAGUAAUUUAAAACGAGAUAUCCUUUUAGAAGAGAUAGUAUCAUGUUAUACGCGAAUACGGCCUUAUCUAUUUAAACUACUAGAGAAGAUGGAUGAUAAGGAGAAUCAUAAUGAUAAUAGUGAAAAUAGUAGUAUUGUUAAUAUUGAUAGUGAUAGUGCUGGUGAUAGUGCUGGUGCUGGUGCUGAUAAUGGUGAUAGAUCAAAACGUCUGGCUGAUGACAGUGAUGAUGUUAUAGAAAUUCUUUCAGAAGAAGUUAAAUCGCCCCUGUCCGGCAGUUCCCCUGAUCCAGAAGUGAAAUUAAAACGGAUAAAAUUAAGUCCCAGAGAUACCACAAAUGAUAUGGAAAAUAUGGCUCAAUGUCCGGUAUGUUCCAAUUCAAUGCCCAUAGAUUUUCUACAAGAUAAUCAUAUAGAGGCUUGCUUAAAUGGUAAAGUUGCGCCUCUUCCAAAACCAAAGUCCGCAUUCCCUAUGCAACUACUAUCAUCAUCUAAGAAAAAGCCUUCUUCAAAGGGAGGUAUAGCGUCAUUUUUUCGUAAGCAGGGCCUGAGUGUGGAUCGAGAUCUGCUAACCCCGGUACUGAAUUCAUCUAAUUUAAUUAAUGUAGAUGAACCAUUAGGUCAUAGUGAUUUUUAUUUUAAAGAGAUUUCUAAGCAUUCAAGCGACACUAAAAAACUCCCGAAAUUAGAUUUCCCAUCACUUACAACUCCACGAUUAAAGGAGAAAUUAGUAGCGGCCGAAAUCCCUACUACCGGGACAAGAACUCAACUUGAAUUAAGAUACAAUCAAUACUACGUACUAUACAAUUCUAAUCUCGAUAGUAAUCAUCCUGUAUCAGUCAAGAUUCUCAAACAAAGAUUACAUCAAUGGGAAUUAUCACAUCUGGCUUUUAAAUCAUCAUCGGGGGACUUAUUUAGUAGCCGAAAUUCUCUCAGUAAUAAGUCUAUCUCGUCUAAGACAUUUCUGGGUAAACAAUGGGCUACAGCUUAUCAAAGUGAGUUUAGAGAAUUAAUCAAGAAAGCAAGAGAGACGAAGAAAGAGCCCAAGAUUGAGACACCAGUGGAGGAACAAUAA